AUCAAAAAUGGCGGCGGUGGAGCCAGAGAGGGAGCAAGGUUUGACUCUGUGUUCAGAGUUCGUGAACUUCUCCGCCAAAGACACCGCAGCGCGCUUGGCAGCAGCUCCAGAUCUCCACCAGGAGUUGUACCACCACUUCUCCAUCUAUGUACCCAGAAUCCUGUGCCUGGGUCCGAGCGGCUCCAGCAGCCGGGAGGAGCAGAGGGAAGAGCAGAGGGAGGAGCUUGCCUGUCAGCUCCUUCUCCUGGCUCCUCUGGAGUGGCUUCUCCUGGGAGAGGAGCCUUCGGCAGCUUUGAACAAGCUGCAGGAGAACAACCAACCUUCACCACUGUGUGGUCAUGUCUUUAAAAUGGGCGAGCCCACCUACUCCUGCAGGGAGUGUGCAUCCGAUCCCACCUGUGUUCUGUGCAUGAGGUGUUUCCUUGGCAGCGCUCACAAAGACCAUCGAUACAGGAUGACCACGUCUGCAGGAGGUGGCUUUUGUGACUGUGGAGACACUGAGGCCUGGAAGAGAAGUCCUUACUGUCAGAAACACACGCCCAGCAGCAAGAGCACCUGCCUGGAGGAGGAUCCUUUGUCUUUGCUGUCCCCGGACCUGCUCUCUAGAAGCAUCAACAUCUUCUCCAUUCUCCUCAAAUACUCCGUCGACCUUUUGACCUGCAACAAAGAGGAUGAACUCCCGGCCGGACUGGAGCCUCCGCACAAGGGCGACACCUACUUCUGCAUGCUGUUCAAUGAUGAGGUGCACACCUAUGAGCAGGUGAUCUACACGCUGCAGAAGGCUGUCAACUGCAGCCAGAAACAGGCCGUCAGUUUUGCCACUACAGUUGACCGAGAUGGCAGGAAGUCGGUGCGCUACGGUGACUUUGCAUCAUGUGAUCAGGCCAAAUCCAUCAUAGUGAGGAACACGGGUCGCCAGUCCAAACCCCUGAGGGUCCAGGUCAUGCACUCCUCUGUUGUAGCGCAUCAGUGUUUUGCUCUGAAGAUUCUCAACUGGUUGGGUCAGAUCAUCCAGUACUCUGACGGGCUGCGCAGGGUUCUGUGCCAGGUGGGUCUGCAGGAUGGUCCUGAAGGAGAGAACUCGUCGUUGGUUGACCGUCUAAUGCUCAAUGACUCAAAGAUGUGGAAAGGAGCUCGCAACAUCUACCAUCAGCUGCUGAUGAACAGCCUCCUCAUGGACCUUAAGUAUAAGAAGAUAUUCGCUGUCCGCUUCGCCAAAAACUACAGGCGCCUGCAGACAGACUUCAUGGAGGAUGACCACGAGAGAGUUGUGUCAGUGACGUCGCUGUCUGUGCAGCUCUUCACUGUCCCCACCAUGGCCAGGAUGUUGAUGGUGAAGGAGAACCUGAUGACCACCAUUAUCAGAACAUUCGUCGAUCACCUGCGUCACCGUGACCUUCAUGGUCGUUUCCAGUUUGACCGCUACACGUCUCAGCAGGCCUUCAAGUUUGGCCGAGUCCAGAGUCUGAUCGGAGACCUCAAGUACAUCCUGAUAGCAUGUCCCACAGAGUGGAGUGAUCAACUCAGGCAGAAGUUUCUGGAGGGACUGGAUGCAUUUCUAGAGCUGCUGAAGUGCAUGCAGGGCAUGGACCCGGUGGUGAGACAGGUGGGGCAGCACAUCGAGAUGGAGCCGGAGUGGGAGGCUGCUUUCACCCUGCAGAUGAAACUCACCCACAUCAUUUCAAUGAUCCAGGAGUGGUGCUCCACUGAUGAGCAUGUGCUGAUCGAGGCCUACAGGAAAUGUCUGAACGCACUGAAUCAGUGUCAGAGUGGCCUCUCUGAUGGCGAGCAGCCCAUCAGCCUGAGCCUGGCCGGCCACAGCGUCGACACCUUCAGGUACCAGGUGUCCCAGGAGCGGGUGUCCAUCCACCUGCCGGUGUGCAGGUUGUUGGCAGGCCUUCACGUGCUCCUCAGCAGAAGCGAGGUCACCUCUCGGCUCCCAGAACUGCUGCCUUUGGGAGAGCUCAGCCCCCCACUCUUGAUCGAACUCCCCCUCCGCUGUCAAGUGUUGUGUGCCCAGGUGAACGCAGGAAUGUGGAGAAGGAAUGGCUUCUCUCUGAUCAACCAGAUCUACUACUACCACAACGUCAAGUGCAGAGUGGAGAUGUUUGACAAAGAUAUUGUCAUGAUGCAGGCAGGUGCAUCCAUGAUGGAUCCAAACCAUUUCCUGAUCAUCGUUUUAAACCGGUUUGAGCUCUUCCACAUUUUCAGUUCGGGCGAUUGUAGGAAGAGGUUCAGGGAGUCUAACAAGGACAUUGUUCAACAGAAUAACACGCUGAUCGAGGAAAUGCUCCACCUCAUCAUCAUGAUAGCAGGCGAGCGAUACGUGGCGGGUGUCGGUCAGAUUGAGCCUUUUGAAGAAGUCAGGAGAGAAAUUAUCCACCAGCUGUCCAUCCGGCCAAUGGCUCACAGUGAGUUGGUGAAGGCCCUUCCUGAAAACGGAAACAAAGAGACCGGGCUGGAACGUGUCAUUGAUACAGUGGCUUCAUUCAAGAAGCCAGGGGUGACUGGGCGUGGCUUGUACGAACUUCGCCCAGAGUGGUUGAAACAGUUCAACCUGUUCUUCUAUCACUACAGUCGAGCUGAGCAGUCCAAGGCUGAAGAGUCGCAGAGAAAAAUGAGGAGGCAAUUUGGAGAAGACACAGCCCUCCCCCCUCCUCCCCCCGUCCCUCUCUGCCCACUCUUUGCCAGCCUGGUGAAUCUGCUGCAGUGUGACGUGCUCCUGGCCAUCGAGGGUGCUGUGCUACAGUGGGCCGUGGAGCCCAGCGGAGGAGGGUGGACAGAGUCCAUGCUGCAGAGGGUGCUUCACCUGGUGGCUAUGGCUUUGCUGGAGGAGCAGCAGCAGUUGAGGAACAGUCCACGAGAAGAAGAUGACGUCACCUUCAAUUACACGUGCAAGAUCACCCGUCCAGGGGAAGCUCCCAGCACCUCAGGAAGUGUCUUGGCUCUGCUGGAGACGCUACAGAACGCUCCUCACCUGGAGGUCCACAAAGACAUGAUCACCUGGAUUUUGAAGACGGUGUCAAACAUCAGACAGAUGAGAGAACAUUCCUCCUCCACAUCUUCCUCCUCGGUUUCUGGCUCCCACACUUAUGGAUCCACUGUGGAAGAGAGUGGGCGGGACCGAGACUCUGCCGAGAGGAAGCGGAAGGCCGAGAUGGCAAGGCUGCGUAGAGAGAAGAUCAUGGCUCAAAUGUCUGAGAUGCAGAAACAUUUCAUCGAUGAAAACAAGGAGCUGUUCCAACAGAGCCUGGACCAGCUGGAGGCUCAGGGUUCGACUGAAAUCAGUUCACCAGGUCCUUCUGACCAGGACCUUUGUGGAAUCUCUCAAGUGUGUGUGGGUCCACGGAGAGUCAGCGGGGUAAACACUCGGCAGUUGGUCACAUGUAUUCUCUGCCAAGAGGAGCAGGAAGUCAAGGCGGACGGCAAGGCCAUGGUGUUGGCAGCGUUUGUGCAGCGGUCGACAGUUUUCUCCAAAGAUCGCAGGCGUGUGUUUCCCAGUGCAGAGGCACAAAACCCCAUUUUCAUGCACCCGGACCUUUCCUUGGGCAUCCACACGGCCAGCUGUGGACACAUCAUGCAUGCCGCCUGCUGGCAGAGGCACUUCGAGGCCGUACAGCUGAAGGAGCAGCGACGUCAGCAGCGGCUGCGGGGCCACACCAGCUAUGAUGUGGAGAACGGAGAGUUCCUGUGCCCCCUCUGUGAAUGUCUGAGUAACACGGUGAUUCCUCUGCUGCCCCCGACCCCGGCGCCGGACAGCAGGUGCGACCAUCUGAGUCUGGGAGCCUGGCUCACCCGAACCAGUCAGCAAGUGGAAGCUCUUCAUGCCAACAAAAGAGCGUCAGAAGGUGCUGCUGAAGGCGAGGAGCCUUGCCUGAGACUGGACCUGACAGCACAGAAUAGUUUUUCUAGCAGCAUCACAGAGAUGAUCAAAACCUUCAGCAUGUCCAUCUACAAGGUGGCACUCAAGGUCAACCCCAACGAGGAGGAUCCCCGAGUGCCAGUGCUGAGCUGGUCAACCUGCGCCUUCACCUUCCAAGCCAUAGAACACCUCCUGCGUGAUGAAGAGAAGUCUCUCUUUGGGAGUCUGUCCUGCAGACAGGACGACUGUCUGAAAUCUAUUGCCAGACUAAGUUCUUCCUGCUGGAUCAACUGUCCCCGUGUGGUCUGCACACACUUCAGCACACUCUUCUCAGCUCUCGUCCAUGAGCCGCAGGCCGAUCCUCCAUGCAUCCUGGACAUCGACAUGUUUCACCUGCUGGUGUACACUGUGCUGUCGUACAACGCAGUUCCAUGUCUGGACGACUCGGGGCAGCGGCCCGUCGACUCGGCUCAUCUCCACAUCCUCCACCUGGUCACGGCAGCUCACCUGGUUCAGAUCCUGCUCACCUCCAUCCCUGAGGAGACGUGCAUGGAUCAGGAGAGCACUGAGUCUGAAGAGGAGGAGCACGCCUGGCAGCUGUACAGCCUACUGAAGAAGCACGUAGACUGCCUGCUGCCGGAUGUGGCGUCCUGGCAGCUGCUGCGUGGCAUCAGAGCUGCCAUCCUGCCCUUCCUCCGAGCCGCCGCGCUCUUCUUCCAUUACUUGAACUCCACGGCUCCACCCGCCGAACUUCUCACUGCCGAGUCCGGCCAAUGGGAGGCGUUGUGUUCCUACCUGAAUCUGCCUUCAAACCUGCUGCUGCUAGUCCACAACCAUCAGAGUCUUCUGGAACCUCUGAUCGUCAGGUGGUGCUGCCACCCAGCCGUGCCACAGGUCCUGCAGGCUGCUGGGGUCAGGCUCCGCUUCCCUCGGCAGUCGAACACGCUGAUCAGGCUCCCAGAAGACUACAGUGUCCUGAUCAACCAGGCGUCCAGCUUCACGUGUCCUCGCUCAGGAGGAGACAAGUCCCGGGCGCCAACCCUCUGCUUGGUCUGUGGCGCCAUGUUGUGUUCUCAGAGCUACUGCUGCCAAACGGAGGUCGACGGCGAAGAUGUUGGUGCAUGCACCGCCCAUGCGCUCACCUGCGGCGCCGGCCUUGGCCUCUUCCUCAGGGUCCGGGAGAGUCAGGUGCUGUUUGUGGCCGGGAAGACCAAAGGCUGCUUCUACCCGCCUCCGUAUCUGGACGACUACGGCGAGACGGACCAGGGACUCAAACGGGGGAACCCGCUGCGCCUGUGCCCGGAGCGCUACCGCAAGAUCGAGCGUCUGUGGCGUCAGCACGCCAUUGUGGAGGUGAUCGGUCACGCUCAGGAAGCCAAUCAGACGCUGCUCUCCAUCGACUGGCAGAACCUUUGAUGUUGGCUCAGCCCCGCCCACUUCACUUUUUUUUUUUUUUUUUUUUUUUUAAACUUCUGGCCUUUAUUCAUCUACAAAUGGGGGAAAUGGGUUUCCAGCUCCACCAGGCGACCGGUGAGGACCCCAGUCACGAUGGCCGCGUGUUUGUUCCCAUGACGACGUAAAGUAGCGAGGUGACUUGUUGAACUGGAGUUUGAAUAGACUGGUGUCACGGCAGGAAGCCUUUGAUGACACGUUAUUUAUUGAUGGUCAGCUGUGUGGGGUUUUGUUUUAAUGGAGAUUUUGUAUAAAUAAAGUCAGGUCUUAACUGAAGCCUGCGGUGUCGAUGGUGUGCGGCGGCGCGCUGCCGAGGGUCUGCUGCCG